UUGGUAAACAGCAGAAACACAUUUCUCCUGUUGAGUUUUUCUAUAGCGUUAGACCAGAAGUCAAAACCAUAAGAAGGACCUGAGCUUUGGCGAGCUUUAGCUGUUACCUUGUUGCCGGUCCUAUCAAUGGAGAGUGAUCUUCAUGGAGCAGGAAGCACUUUGCAAAGAGGCAACUCUUGGACAUGGAGCAAUGCUACAAAAAUUGUUUCAGGUUCUUGUCGAAGUCAAGAGGAUGAUGAUGAAGAGGCUCUAAAAUGGGCUGCACUAGAGAAACUACCUACCUAUGAUCGUUUGAAGAACGGUUUACUAACUACUUCAGAUGGUAGAGUCACUGAGAUCAAUGUACAGAAUAUUGGGCUGCAAGAAAGGAAGAAUUUGCUUGACAGGUUGGUGAAAGUAGCUGAGGAGGAUAAUGAGAAGUUCUUGUUGAAGCUCAGGAACCGUAUCGAUAGAGUUGGGAUUCAGGUUCCUACGACUGAAGUCCGAUUUGAGCAGCUUAAUGUUGAAGUAGAAUCCUAUGUAGGAAGCAGAGCUCUGCCUACAUUCUUUAACUAUUCUGCUAAUAUUGUGGAGGGUCUCUUGAAUUUUGUCCACAUUCUUUCGAGCAAAAAGAAACGACUUCAUAUCCUUAAGGAUGCUAGUGGCAUCAUCAAGCCAUCAAGAAUGACCUUGCUUUUGGGUCCUCCAAGUUCUGGAAAGACAACAUUUUUGUUGGCUUUGGCUGGAAAGCUUGAUCCUGCUAUGAAGUUUUCAGGGAGGGUGACUUAUAAUGGCCAUGACAUGAAUGACUUUGUGCCCCAGAGGACUGCUGCCUAUAUCAGUCAACAUGAUCUCCAUGCUGGAGAAAUGACUGUGAGGGAAACCUUGGCCUUUUCUGCAAGAUGCCAAGGUGCUGGCACCCGUUAUGACAUGUUAGCAGAGUUAUCAAGAAGAGAAAAAGCAAUGAAUAUUAAGCCUGAUCCUGAUAUUGAUAUCUUCAUGAAGGCAACAUCAACAGAUGGUCAGCGGGCCAGUAUGGUCACAGACUAUAUUCUAAGGCUUUUAGGACUGGAGGUUUGUGCAGAUACAAUGGUGGGGGAUGAAAUGCUACGUGGCAUUUCAGGAGGACAAAGGAAGCGCGUUACCAUAGGUGAGAUGCUGGUUGGACCAGCCAAGGUGUUGUUUAUGGAUGAAAUAUCAACUGGCUUGGACAGCUCCACAACUUACCAAGUUAUGAAGUCACUCAAACAAUACAUUCACAUUCUUCAUGGAACAGCUCUCAUCUCUCUCCUCCAGCCAGCACCAGAGACUUAUGAUCUUUUUGAUGACAUUAUUCUCCUGUCAGAUGGCUUGAUUGUGUACCAGGGCCCUCGUGAACAAGUGCUUGAUUUUUUCGAAUGCAUGGGCUUCAAGCUUCCUGAAAGGAAAGGGGAGGCUGAUUUUUUGCAACAAGUGACAUCAAGGAAAGAUCAGAAGCAAUAUUGGGCACGCAGAGAUGUGCCUUACAGAUUUGUCACAGCCAACGACUUUGCUGAGGCAUUCCAGUCAUUCACUGUAGGAAGGAGACUUGGAGAUGAGCUAGCAAUUCCAUUUGACAAGGCCAAGAGCCACCGAGCUGCCUUGACAACUAGAAAGUAUGGCAUUAGUAAGAAAGAGCUUUGUAAAGCUUGCUUCUCAAGAGAAUUCCUACUAAUGAAGAGGAACUCAUUUUUCUACAUCUUCAAGUUCUGUCAGUCGAUAACAGUGGCAUUAAUUUUAAUGUCACUCUUCCUGCGAACGGAGAUGCAUCGAGAUUCAGUGACUGAUGGAGAAAUUUAUGUGGGUGCCAUGGCCUACAUUGUGACCUUGAUCGUAUUUAAUGGUAAUGCUGAGAUUCCCAUGACAAUUUCAAAGCUUCCUGUCUUUUACAAGCAAAGGGACCUGCUAUUCUAUCCUGCAUGGGCAUAUGCUCUUCCCACAUGGAUCCUUAAAGUCCCAAUUACAUUCAUAGAAGUUGCUGUUAUGGUAUUCAUUACCUACUAUGCCAUUGGAUUUGAUCCAAAUGUUGGAAGGUUGUUUAGGCAAUGCCUCGUGCUUGUAAUCGCUAACCAGAUGGCUGCUGGAUUAUUCCGAUCCAUUGCUGCAGCAAGCAGGAAUAUGUUUGUAGCUAAUAACUUUGGUUCAUUUGUGCUGCUCUUGAUUUUCACUUUGAGUGGAUUUGUCCUGUCAAGAGAUGACAUAAAAAAAUGGUGGGCAUGGGGUUACUGGAUGUCUCCAAUGAUGUAUGGCCAGAAUGCAGUUGUAGUUAAUGAGUUCCUUGGAAAGAGUUGGAGCCAUGUUCUUCCCAGUUCAACGGAGCCAUUAGGAGUAGAGGUUCUGAAGUCUCGUGGGUUCUUCACACAAUCAUAUUGGUAUUGGCUUGGAGUUGGUGCAUUGCUUGUAUUCACACUGGUAUAUAACUUCUUAUAUGUUGCAGCCCUCACUUUAUUCAACCAUAAUUUUUUUGCAGCAUCUGAUAAUCAUCAGCCAGUUAUAUCAGAAGAACCUCCAGACCAUGAACAUGGUAGAAAGGGAGGAACCAUUCCAACGAAACCUAAAAGUAGCUCGAGUCGCCAAACAAACACUGAUAGUGGAGAUGAAAUUAUGAGAAGUGAGUCCUCCAGGUCCAUUCAUAAAAAGAAAAAAGGAAUGAUACUUCCAUUUGAGCCACAUUCUCUAACAUUCAACGAAAUUACCUACUCCGUUGACAUACCACAGGAGAUGACAAAACAGGGUGUCCAUGAAGAUAAGCUGGUACUAUUAAAGGGUGUUAGUGGUGUUUUUAGGCCUGGUAUUCUGACAGCUCUAAUGGGAGUUAGUGGUGCUGGUAAAACCACUCUGAUGGAUGUGCUAGCUGGUAGGAAAAUUGGUGGAUAUAUUGAGGGGAACAUCACAGUUUCUGGUUACAAAAAGAAGCAAGAAACAUUUGCGAGAAUUUCUGGCUAUUGUGAGCAAAAUGAUAUUCACUCUCCACAUGUUACUGUCUAUGAGUCCUUGGUCUACUCAGCUUGGCUUCGUCUCCCCCGUGAAGUAGACGCAGAAACCAGAAAGAUUUUCAUUGAGGAAGUCAUGGAGCUUCUGGAACUGAAUUCACUGAGGCAAGCAUUAGUCGGAUCGCCUGGUGUAAAUCACAUGUCAAUUGAACAACGUAAGCGACUAACCAUUGCUGUUGAGUUGGUGGCAAACCCCUCGAUCAUUUUUAUGGAUGAACCAACCUCAGGGCUAGACGCAAGAGCUGCUGCACUUGUCAUGAGGACAGUUAGGAACACAGUGGACACUGGAAGAACGGUUGUCUGCACCAUCCAUCAGCCAAGCAUUGACAUCUUCGAAUCUUUUGAUGAGCUAUUCCUGUUGAAGCGGGGAGGAGAAGAGAUGUACGUUGGGCCACUGGGUUGUCAUUCUUGCCAUCUAAUAAAAUACUUUGAGGGAAUUGAAGGAGUCAGUAAGAUCAAAGAUGGUUAUAAUCCAGCAACUUGGAUGUUGGAAGUAACAACCCAAGCACAAGAAGUAACUUUGGGGGUUGAUUUUGCUGAUAUAUACAAGAACUCAGAACUUUACAGGAGAAACAAAGAACUAAUUAAGGAACUAAGUAAGCCUGCUCCUGGUUCAAGGGACCUCUAUUUCUCUACUCAAUACUCACAGUCAUUUCUCACCCAGUGUUUGGCAUGCUUAUGGAAACAACAUCGAUCAUACUGGCGCAACCCACCAUACACAGCUGUGAGACUUCUUUUCACAACAUUUACUGGCUUGAUCCUUGGGACAAUGUUCUGGGAUCUUGGCUCCAAGACGACAAAGCGACAAAAUCUUUUUAAUGCAAUGGGUUCAAUGUUCGAUGCUGUUAUGUUCCUCGGGACGCAGAAUGGAUCAACUGUGAUGCCUGUUGUAGCUAUCGAAAGAACAGUUUUCUACAGAGAAAGAGCUUCGGGAAUGUACUCAGCUUUUCCAUAUGCCUUUGCACAAGUUGCAAUUGAGAUUCCAUAUAUUUUUGUUCAAGCUGCAGUUUAUGGUGUUAUAAUAUAUACAAUGAUUGGAUUUGAAUGGACAGCCUCUAAGUUCUUUUGGUAUCUGUUCUUCACCUUCUUCUCAUUUUUACACUUCACCUUCUAUGGGAUGAUGGCUAUGGCCUUGUCACCAAACCAGCAUUUUGCAUCCACCAUCAAUGUUGCAGUUUAUGGAAUGUGGAACCUAUUUUCAGGAUUCAUGAUCCCACAACCUAGGAUCCCUGUGUGGUGGAAAUGGUACUAUUGGAUAUGCCCUGUAGCUUGGACCUUAAACGGAUUGAUUACAUCACAAUAUGGAGAUUUAAAGCAUAAACUCGAAACAGGGGAAACAGUGGAGCAUUUCUUGAGAGAAUAUUUCGGUUUUAAUCAUGAUUUUCUGGGAGCAGUUGCAGCUUUGGUUAUUGGAUUUGCAGUGCUAUUUGCUGUCACUUUUGCAGUUUCCAUCAAGGUUUUUAAUUUCCAGAGGAGAUAAAUUACAUAACAAGGUUAAACUUGUAUGGUCGGGGUUGGGAAUAAACUGGUGUGGUUCGUGGUGCUUCAACUCUAUAUUAAGAAUUGGAUCUUGAAGUUGAUUUGUGGAGUCCCUCUCUUGGGGUAACCUUAAAAGUAUAGAUCAUAAUAAGGCUUUCCACCAUGUAUGGUCCGCUGCAUGAAAAAACUGGAUUGUUUGAUUUGAGAAUCUACUACUCAUUUGAUUGUAGCUUCAUAAGCCCAAGGGAACACCCCUAUUGAGCUUGCUAGUUGCUACCAACCACAAAUUAAAGCUGCUUUUUUGGGAUAUGGUUAAUAAAUAAUUAAGACGUA